ACUCGGUUCCAAAAAUCGAUAAAGCAUAACCCUUGGCGGUGAUGCUCUCGUGGCGAAAUCUUAUUUUAUUACCUUGUGAAACUGUAUUUCAUCGAAUAUUCAGAAGAAUCAUACUUACAUCAAGAGUGGAAACGUUUACUUUAGUUGAUUCUGCUGAUUUAUCCUUCUUUUUUCUCCUGAAAUUGCAACUUUGCGGCUUGCUAAAGAGUACGGUAGACGGUAGCGUCCGACAACAUGAAGUGAACCCCAUCUCAUACCUCAAUUACCAGUGACAGCCGUGCCAACACUCAGAGUUACUAGCAGUUGGCAGCCCCCCGAACGACUGUAGGUGUUAUAUUGAUCACUUCAGAAGACUGAAUUUGUUGAAAAGCAAUUGUCAUGGCCUCUGAAAGAUACAGCUUCUCUCUGACAACUUUCAGCCCAUCGGGCAAGCUCGUGCAGAUUGAAUAUGCCCUGGCUGCCGUAGCAGGUGGUGCACCAAGUGUUGGCAUCAAAGCUGCCAAUGGAGUCGUACUAGCCACUGAGAAUAAACACAAAUCAAUUCUCUACGAUGAGCACAGUCUCAAUAAAGUGGAGAUGAUCACCAAACACAUUGGCAUGAUCUACAGUGGCAUGGGGCCUGACUAUCGUCUCUUAGUUAAACAAGCUAGAAAAAUGGCACAGCAGUACUUGUUGGUUUACAACGAGCCCAUUCCCACUGCCCAACUCGUUCAGAGAGUUGCCAUGCUCAUGCAAGAGUACACUCAAUCGGGGGGUGUCAGACCCUUCGGUGUUUCCCUCCUGAUCUGCGGAUGGGACAAUGGAAAGCCCUAUCUCUUCCAAUGUGACCCCUCGGGCGCCUAUUUCGCCUGGAGAGCAACUGCCAUGGGCAAGAAUUUCAUUAACGGUAAAACUUUCCUGGAGAAACGUUAUAGUGAGGAUCUUGAGCUUGAUGAUGCUGUCCACACUGCCAUUCUGACACUCAAAGAGGGAUUCGAGGGCCAGAUGACAGCUGAUAACAUUGAGAUUGGAAUCGGCGAUGCCAAUGGUUUCAGACGAUUAGAUCCAUCCCACGUCAAGGAUUAUCUUGCUAAUAUUCCCUAAUUUAUACAACUUGUCGCUUUCAUUUAUUUUUCACCUUUCAUAAGGAUUUUUCAAAGGAGUUCAUAGGAGUGGUAAAAAAAGUUGAAUAAAAUUUGAAAAUGCUUUUCGGCA